GAUGACCAGAGACUGCGGACACAGUACAGGGGAUGACCAGAGACUGCGGACACAGUACAGGAGAUGACCAGAGACUGCAGACAUAGUACAGGAGAUGACCAGAGACUGCGGACACAGUACAGGAGAUGACCAGAGACUGCUGGACACAGUUACAGGAAGCUUGACCAGAGACUGGGACAUAGUACAGGAGAUGACCAGAGACUGCGGACAUAAAGAUGACCAGAGAUGCGGGGACACAGUACAGGAGAUGACCAGAGACUGCGGACACGUACAGGAGAUGACCAGUAGACUACGGAUACAGUACAGGAGAUGACCAGAGACUGCGGACA